AUGAAUACCUGGACGUCCAUGACAUUUAGCAUUCUGGAGGCGACGGCAGGUGUCAAGGAGAAGCAGAGUAAUACUGUACGGAUUUGGUCAAAGCUGAAGCGAACACGUAAAACGCUUCUAAACACAAAGGGUCCAACAAAUGCCCUUCUCAAUCUUUCGCUCCAAACGUCCUCUUUCUCCAGGCUACGACUCGAGGCUGUUCUGCUGUUCGACGAACUUUUUCAGUGUACGAUACGUUUCUCAAGAACAAGCCUUCUCGAUCUCGGUAAUGCGACUCAGACGGCCAGUGCGAGCUCCAACAAAUUGCCAAGCUCUUGUCAUAUGGAAACGGGUCGCGACGCUGUUAUUCCUUAA